ACGGCUGUUUGAGGAAGUUCGGACCGACUUCUACCUGUUCGGUUCGGCGGGUUCACCGACGUUAGCUGCUACAGGUGAGUGUUGGACCGCUUCACGCUGCUCCUCACGACCUCACUGGACCGGACGGAACCCCGUACGAAGCGCGGGGAGACGAAACGAUGACAUUUAACCGUGUGAUCGACUGAUAAUCGAUGGUUUUACGGAUCAAUCAAUCAGCUCAGUCCGUCAGAAAUGAGCUCGACAUCAGAUCUGGAGCAGUUGGCAGAAAUAGAACUUCAGCGGGAGGAAGAGGAGGAUGAGGAGGUCACUGACGGUCCGUCGGUUCCUCCCAGCAGCACCUUCAGUCCCGUUCCUUCUCACCCGUAUUACGACGUCGCUCGACACGGCAUCAUCCAGGUCUGCGGUGACGACAACUACGGCAGGAAGUUGAUCGUGUUCAGCAGCUGCUGUUUGCCUCCGUCUCACGAGCUGAACCACCGCCGGCUGCUGGAGUAUCUGAAGUUCACGUUGGACCAGUACGUGGAGAUGGACUACAUCCUGGUUUACUUCCAUCACGGCCUGAGGAGCAGCAACAAACCGUCUCUGAAAUGGUUGCGAGAAGCUUACGGCGAGUUCGACAGGAAGUACAAGAAGAACCUGAAGACUCUGUACGUCGUUCAUCCCACAAACUUCAUCCGAAUCGUCUGGAACAUCUUCAAACCUCUGAUCAGUCACAAGUUCGGGAAGAAGCUGACGUACGUGAACUACCUGGCCGAGCUCCGAGAGCACCUGAACUACGAGCAGCUCAUCAUCCCCCCCGACGUCCUCAGACACGAUGAAAAGUUACGAGCUGCUCAGAAAGGCGGACCCCCUCCCUCAGCGAGGACCCCCCCACCUCGGCCCCCUCUGCCCACGCAGCAGUUUGGAGUCAGCCUGCAGUACAUCAGAGAGAAGAACAGGGAGGCUUUAAUCCCUCCGGUGCUCUCUCAGACGGUGAACUACCUGAAGGAGAAAGGUCUGAGGACCGAGGGGAUCUUCAGACGAUCGGCUCGAGUUCAGCUCAUCAAGGACGUUCAGAAGCUGUAUAACCUCGGGAAACCUGUGAACUUUGACGAGUACGGCGACGUCCACGUUCCCGCCGUGAUCCUGAAGACGUUCCUCAGAGAACUUCCUGAACCGCUGCUCACCUUCAGGGUCUACAGCCAGGUCCAGGAGCUCCUCGCUGUGGAGAGCAGUCUGAGGGUCUCCAGGUGUAAACAGAUAGUUGAAAGUCUUCCUGAACAUAAUUUCAUUGUGACGAAGUUCCUGCUGUGUUUCCUCCACAUGGUGUCUCAGGAGAGCAUCAUGAACAAGAUGAGUCCAUCCAAUCUGGCCUGUGUGUUCGGGGUGAACCUGGUCUGGCCUCGGCACGGCUCCAUCUCCCUGAGCGCCCUGACCCCCAUCAACAUCUUCACCGAGAUCCUCAUCGAACAUUUCCACACCGUGUUCGGGUCCCGCUGCCCGCCGACACAGGUAACGCCCUAAACC